AUCGCCUUGCGAGCCGCGCCAUGUGAAGUCACAUCCGGUAGAAGUCGUCUAGGAUGUGGGUCAAAUAUGGCAGAACUUGGAGAUGUCAGAAUAGAAGAGAGUUUGAAAGUAAAAAUAGGUGAAGCGAAGAAUUUGCCAUCUCAUACAGUGUCUAAUAGUGGUAGAAGUACAUUCUGUAGUAUCAAGAUUGACUCAGAGACCAUUUAUAAAACAUCAGUUGUAGAAAAAUCUUUAAACCCUUUUUAUGGAGAAGAAUUUCAGGGAGAAAUACCAAAGAAAUUUAGGUUUUUAUCUUUUAUGGUACAUGAUAAUGGCUCAAAAACGGACAAGAUUAUUGGUAAAGUAACAUUAAAGAAAGAUGAACUGUAUAGAUAUCAUAAUAAAGAACAUUGGUUUCCUUUAACUCCUAUAGAUGUUGAUGCACAAGUACAGGGUAAAGUUCAUCUUGAAAUACGUUUUGAUGAAAUCCUCAAUACUGAACCAGAAUCUUUUUCUUCCCAUCGAAUGGCAGUCAGGAUAUUGGAAUGUAGUGAUUUAACAGUUAUUAAUGGAAGCUGUAAUCCGUAUGCUGUUGUCAUGGUAACACAUACCAAAUCAAAGCACAAAGAUGUCAAAAGGACAAAUGUCAAGAAAAAGACAAUUUGUCCCAAUUUUGAUGAAACCUUUUUCUUCGAUUUAGAAAAUAAAGGUCAAAACCAUGACAGGAACUUAUACACAUUUGAUGAUGCUUUUAAUGGUGAACUAAGUAUUUCAGUGUGGCAUGAUGAUUCUAAAGUGUCGAGAGAAGUUUUAGGUAACAUGUUUCCUGGUGCCUUUUUAGGGGAAGUCAAAAUACCAUUAAGAGAUUUAGAUAUCCAAUCAAUUCAUAAAGCUUGGUACUGUUUACAAGCCAGAGAAAAUUCAAAACAGUCCCGUCUAGAUCUUGGUUCUCUCAGAUUAAAGAUAUCCUAUACAGCAGAUUAUGUGUUUCUCUCACACUAUUACAACGAUCUCAGAUGUUUAAUAUUACGAUCAUGUGAUGUUACACCCACAACAGCGAGUGCAGCUUAUUUACUUGGUGAAAUUGUAGAUAAUCGCGCAGAGGCAGCACAACCUUUACUUAAAUUAACCUACCAUCAUGGUAAAUUAGUCCUUCUAGUCAAAGCUCUAGCUUAUUGGGAAGUCUCUAAGACAGUUGAUCCCAACACUUUAUUCCGAGGUAAUUCACUGGUCACAAAGAUUAUUGAUGAAUUAAUGAAAUUUAUUGGGUUACCUUAUCUCCACAGCACCAUUAAGACUAAUAUAGAUGAUAUUUGUUCAGAACAAAAACCGUGUGAAAUAGAUCCGUCAAGAUUAAAAGAUGGUGAGAAUCUCAGUGAUAAUAUGGAGAAUUUAAAGAGUUAUGUUUUAAAGAUAAUCGAUAGUAUUACAGGAUCUGGUUUAGUUUGUCCAACAACAAUGAGAGAAGUUUUUCAUGCUAUAAAAGAAUCAGCACUUUCUCAUUAUUCUGGAAUGCAAACAAUACGUUACCUAGUUGUUAGUAGUUUUAUAUUUUUGAGAUUUUUUGCUCCGGCUAUUCUGGGUCCAAAGUUGUUUGAACUUCGACCUGAUACACAGGAUGUUACUGUCAAUCGAACUUUAACUCUAAUCUCCAAAUCUAUUCAAGGUUUAGUCAAUAUUGUUUGUGCCAAAAAUAUCUCAUUUGGUUUAAAAGAAGAGUAUAUGGUGCCUUUAUUUGAAUCAUUAUCUGAUCCGAUACAUGUUGAUAAAGUUAAGACGUUUUUAGAAAUCAUAUCAUCAAGUUGUGGUGCUCAUUUACGAAAUAUUGAAGCUCCAAUUAUACUCAAGGAAGGAACUCUCAUCAAAAGAGCUCAGGGUAGAAAGAAAUUUGGUUUAAAGAAUUUUAAGAAACGAUAUUUCUGUCUAAGUAACCAACAUUUAUCCUACUCAAAAUCGAAAAAUGAGAAACCACUAUGUGUUAUACCUAUUGAAGAUAUACUGGCAGUUGAAAGUCUCCAAGAAGAAUCUUUUAAAAUGAACUAUAUGUUUCAAGUUGUACAACCACAGAGAGCCUUAUAUGUUCAAGCCAAUAAUUGUGUUGAAGAAAAAGAAUGGUUAGAUAUAUUAAAUAAAGUUUGUAAUACUAAUAAAAACAGAUUAAGAACGUAUCAUCCUGCUGCUAUGGUUAAUGGUCAUUGGUUAUGCUGUAAGUCUGUAGAUAUGAUGGCCGUAGGAUGUACACCCGUAUCUGGUGGUUUACCUGUCACAGAGAUGAAAGUUAAUAUCGACUCAGAUAGAGAGGUAGAAAAAAUACAUUCCUUGUUUCUUACAAACAUGGAUAAACUUGAUGCUUAUCAAGAUUGCAUGAGGAAUGCUACUGAUGCCUGUGGUUGUCAGGAGGUAUAUUCUGGUGAUACAGAACCGCAUCCGAUGUUAGUCAUUGAUGAUACAAAAAUCUGUUUUGAAACAGUCACUGAAAUCCAGAAAUGUGUAAUAAGUUUAGAACAGGAACAUAAACGCUACUUGAAACUAGUCCAAAGACAAACUGUCAUAGGUUCAAUUGAUGCUCCUAUAGGUGAAGAUAGUAAUUCUUCAUCACGGUUAUAAAACAAUUUAAGUCCCUUUUAAAGCCAGACUUUUAAAUAGUUCUUUUAUUUAUUAGAAUUUGUUUUCUAUCAAUACUAUACCAUUGUUGUUAAUGUUCUCAUCAUAAUAUAUUAUAGACAUAAUUUUACACAGCAGUUAAUAUUUUCACUAAAGGUGAUAACCUUAUAAAGGUACCAUAUAAAAUGGGUCAUAUUAAGUUGUGGGUUGAGCAACAUCGAGUUUAUGUUGUGUAUAAAGCCAGACUUGCAUAAUCAAGAUUUUUGAAGUCUAUGUCAUCAAGAUAUAUUUUGGCUUUUGUUUGUUUCUGUAUUUCUUAACACUAAUUCCCCCAAAACUUGAAAUGACCCAUUGAAUCAUUAUCCCAUAAAAGUUUAACAAAGUAAUUCAACUGAUCAUAUAGCUUCAUAGUUCUGAUGUAUUUACAUUGAUAGUCAUUCAUAUCUCAAAACCACUGACAACCAUAGUGCAAUUUAGAAAUAUAGGUAUUUAUAUCACAUUGUAUAAAAUUUCAAACAUUUAGAUAUAAGAUAUAGUUAUUCAUUGUGAUUUAAUUGGUUGAUACUGUCUUCCGGGAACUCAAUGCAUACAUUUAUCUCCACCUGUGAAGGCAGGAAUGUUCAUUUUGGAUUCUGAUAAAUGUCAUAAUAAUUUUAUAAUACACAUGCAUAAUAAUAUUAGCAUUAGAUCAAAGUCAACAUUAAAGAUCAAAACAAUUUUAAUGAUUUAUAAUAAUAUUAGCAUUAGAUCAAAGUCAACAUUAAAGAUCAAAACAAUUUUAAUGAUUUAUAAUAAUAUUAGCAUUAGAUCAAAGUAAACAUUAAAGAUCAAAACAAUUUUUAUGAUUUAUAACGAAUUACAACGAAGUAAAUGUAGAACAAAUUGCUUCUCAAAAUCUAGAUCGAUCAAAUAAAUUGACAAUACUAGCCUCAUCUUUUACUUCUUAAAUUUAGAUUAUUUUUGUAUUUGUUAAAUUGAAUGGUUAAAAAUUUGAAUCAGGAACUAAUUGAUAGGUUUUAGGUGUUUUUAUUAUACAGUAUUACUUAUACACAUACAUUGGUCUGGAAUCAAUUAUUCUUAAUUAAUUAGGCAGGGCGGGGCCCAUGUGCAUAAUAUAUAAUACACAUUUACUAAUAAUAUACACAAUAUCACUCAUAAAAUUGCUUUAAAAUAAGCUGACCAAAGAUGUUCAUGGAUGUAAGACAUCUAUUUCUUACAUGUACUCUAUAAUUUAGUAAUAAUAAACUUUCUAUAAAAAGGGGGAAUGUGAUAGGCCUAAAAAGAAUUUAAUAAUAUCAUUAUUAAAAAUGGUAAGGAUUUAGAUGGUUUAGAGAUUUAAAGAUCUAGAUAUCGUAAUCUCUUGACGUUGAAAUAAAUCAAGUAUAUUUUUCAAGAAUACCAAUUGUUGAAUAAGAAUUAUCACUUUCAAUAAGUAAAUAAAGGUAACCAUUAAUAUAAUACCAUAAAUCCAUGCUCUGACGCAUUUAAAACAGAGUGGUUUGUACAAGCAUCCGCUGGACUGAUAAAAUAGAGGUUAUAAUGGGUAAAAUAUUGAGAUCUCAGCAAUGGAUUGAAAGAUAUAAUUUGAGCAUAUCCAAUUAAUUGUUUAAGACAACUCAUGUCAAAUCAAAACUCAUAAAAGGCGCAAAUGCCCAAAUUCAAGAUGCUAUAUUGAAAUAAUAGAAUUUAAGUUAAAAUUCAAAUAACGAUAACUUAGGUAAAGUUUGAUUGAAUGCAUUAAAUAAUUUUUUGUAAGAGUACUUUUGAUUACGUAUGACCUUAAACUUGAUAUUUGAUUUUAAUUCUGGUUUGUUGUCCCUUUAAGAAGAAUGAAAUAUAUACAAAUUAAUAGAUAUUCUCACAAAUUGAACAAUUUUAUUUUACAUUUUAAAGACAACUGCAGACCAGGGUAAUUAUAAUACAAAUAGCUUUUCAUUUAUUUAACAAUAAUUUCAAUUUGGCCCGUAUUACAAAAGUGCAUAAUCACCUCUUUUUAGUUUUUGUAAAUAACAUUAUUGAAAUUGUAUGACAUUAAUAUUACUAAAAUUACUAAUUCACGUUAUUUUGGUGUAAUUUUAAAAAUUUUAUGAUUACAUUUAUAUGCCUGUAUUUGUCUUAUUCUUCAAGUAAUUUAUUAUGGCAUAAUAGUGCUAUUUUCUCUGUACAACAGAAUUUGUAGACCAGAGUUAUAAUGUAUUAAUAUACUUCUUUUGAGUGUGCCUUCCGUAAUUGGGACAUGCAGUUAGAACAACAAUCAAAUAGAGCAGAAUGAAACUACUUUCCGUACAUAUCUGUCCCAUUUAACCUAGCAGAUUCAUUUUGAGAACUUGUAGAAUUAUAAUUUAAAAGUAGAAUAAUACUGCUCCAAUAUAUAUUGUAAAUAUUCAUUCUUAAUUGAACAAUCAAGUUUAAUUCUUACUUAAAGUAGUUAAAAAAGAAUUUUUUACUUGAUUUUAGACACAAUUGUAAAAUAAAUUUCUUUGUCUAAUAUUGCUAUCUUUCAUAGCCCAUUACAUGUAAAUUUUGUAGUACACUUUGUUGUUUACUUGUUUUUUUUGUGUGUGUUUUUUUUAAAAUAUAAUUAGAUUGUAAAUUUGCUGGCCAUUACCUUAUUUAAUAUCUUAUUUUUAUUUGCUUGCUUCAUUCCGAGAAGCUAGGUGUACAAAGCCUUAUUUUUCCUGAAAUUUUGAUAAUUCGGACUAUGGUAUUCAUUACAUCAAUAAAAUUGUCUUUCGAUCCAGUGAAAUUUAAUGCUUUCGUUCAGAAAGUCAGCUAGCCAUUUGCGUGCUUUUGCAGGACAACAUCAAGCCACAUUUUUGAAUGUAUAUCACAAAGAAUUGUAUGGGAACACUUAUAAUGAUAUGAGGCUUACUGCAGUUGGAAUAAGAUGUGCCUUGUAGUCUUGCCAUCAGAAUAUCAAUCGAUUGAUGUCAGUGAGAAUCACACCUGAGGGGUGGGAAUUGUAAUGUCCCUACAGUAUAAAACUGUUCAUUGAAUGAUUUGAAUUAUCUGUGUUCCAAAUGUUAUGGUGAUCUGUAAAUGGAAUGCAGAAGAAUAUUUUCUGAAUUAGGCUAUACUGAAACUAACAAUAUAGAUUAGAAAUAUCUGUAUGCUGACUAUUUACUAGUGUUUGAUAGAGGUUUUGUUUGUUUGUUAAAUUUAUUAUUAUUAUAUUGAUAGUUAUUAAUUAUCUUUAUUUUCCCCACAAAUAUAUUUAAUUAUUUUCCUCCUCGAAAUGAUUUUUUUUUUGUGUCUUUAAAACUUUAGUUGACUUAGUUUUCGAGAAGUAAGCCUAUGUAUUUGUUAUAUAGAUUAUGCCUGUGUAGCUAUUGCUAAGGCUUAAACACAAUUGCAUGUAUGCCCCAACAAACAUCUAUUUUUGCCUUCAUUUUGUCAAAUGUGUUCAUAAAAAUUAUGUUUAGUCUUUUUUUAUAUUAUAUUUUAUGUUUUAAAUUAAUAUUAAGAAUUAUUUGACAGUGGUAGUUAAUUUUCUCUUAUCAGGUGCCUUAAAUACUUAUUCAAUAAAUUUUAUAGUGAAAUUUAGUUGAAAAAAACUAAACUGCAGAUAAAUUCAUUUAACGGAUGGUUUCAUUAAAAUUUGAGGUAGUUUAUAUGGAACUAACAUGUUUGACAUUUUACUACCCAUGUUUGGAAGAAGAAAAGAAUAUCUUUUAAACAAUAGGAAAGUCAUCAAAUGUUCUUGAGAUUGUGAAUAGUAAAAAAUUUCUGGCAAUGAAAGAGGUAUACUCUUUAAGAGGUAGCCUAAUUUUAUCAGUGAUUUUCUUAAACACUUUGAAUGGGAAACGGGCAUCCCCCCUAUCAUCUUAUCAUUAAUAUGUAAAGGGAAAUUUUACCCUUUUGUGUAAUGACUCUUGUUAGAUGGAUAACUCAGUCAUAUAGGAUGUAGGUCAUUCAUUUUUUGGCAAACCUAAAAAAAAAAAAGGCACAUGUCACGGCCAUUAUCUGGCACAAAUUCUGGCUUUGUCAGGCAUAAUCACUUUGGUGUCUGUCAUAUUGUCCUGUAGUUUUGUCAUUUUUCUGUGAUUUUUUUGAUACAUUUAAUACAUGUCCAGCAGAAAGUUCAAAAUGUCCGAUACUUGUUCAUCAGUGUUGCAACUAAAAUCGUUAUUUCCACGCGUGGUAAAAAUAGGGAUAUAAAGUUUACUCCUAGACAUAAUGUUCUAAGUGCUAUAGAAUUAAUUAAAGAGUCAUAACAUAAUAAUGUAGAAACUUUAAAAAUAAUUAAGGGUAAAAACAAAUCGAUGCUAUCACAAAAAUUUAUUGAGGGUAUUGUUAUUUAGGUUUCCAGUACAAUAUAGAUAUUGUAUACUAUAUUCGAUGUUCAUAUUAUGAUUUAGAUGUUGUUUGAUUGUGUGCCAAAAUGUAGUUGUUAAGUUUGAUAUAUUUUAUGAAUACCUUUCUAGUUACUAGUUAUUUACUUUACAAGAACUUGUAGUAUUAAGCUCAUAGUCCAUAGCCAUUUUCAACAAUUUUCUUGAAGGAAAUUGAAAAUUUCUGAUAUAAAUAUUUUUUUAUAUUAUUUGAUGAAUAAUUCAUAAUGAAAAUGUUAUUCAUAACUCAAAAUGGUUUUAUCACUAAAUUAUAUUUUGUACCAUUUACAUGCCUAGUACUGUAGAGAUUAUUCAAUAUAUUCAUAAUAUUUUCAUUUUUAUUCUCUAACAGUGUAUUUUUUUGUUCCUUCAAUAGUCAUCCUCAUCCUUUCUUAUUGUAAAAUAGGAAUAAAACUUGAUCAAACUUUUGUUGAUUCGAAUUAUGCUGGUAUGCAGAUCUAAAGAGGCGCACCACCACAAGGGUGAUGUCACAACUGGUUCAUAUUUAUAGCUUCAGUUUUAGAUUUAAAUUUAAAAUCACCCCCACCCCGUUACAUCUCAGAGAUGUGCAAGAGUCAGGUCUGACAUUGUUGAAGGACUGAAUGAUAGUAAAGGAUAUGCAUUAUCUCGGCAGGAGAACAAGAGAUAGACAGAUGUUAACCUUUCAAACAAUAUUAUGGGUAAACUUGUCAAUUUUAAUCUUGGUAAUGCUGGUACUCACAUUAAACUCUUUUCAUGAAAAAAGACGAUUUUUUAUGUCACAAUAUUUAUUCAG